AUGGCAAAGAAGGAAACUGUUCCUGUCAAAACUGUGGCUAAAUCCAAGGCCUUGAAAGAAAAGAAAGCCAUUUUGAAGGGAAUUCAUAGUCACAGGCAGAAGAAAAUUAGGACAACACCUACCUUCAAGAGAACAAAGACACCCAGGCUGAGAAGCAAACCAAAGUAUCUGAGAAAACGUUCUCGCAGGAAGAUGAAAUUGGACCAUUAUGCUAUCAUUAAGUUCACUCUGACCACUGAGUCCGCUAUGAAGAAAAUUGAGGACAACAAUAUUUUGCUUUUCAUUGUUGACAUCAAGGCUAGGAAACACCAGAUCAAACAGGCUGUCAAGAAAUUAUAUGAUAUUGAUGUAGCUAAAGUCAACACUCUUAUGACGCCCGAUAGUGAAAAGCAAGCAUAUGUCUGA